CCCAUGCACCUCCCAGAUACUCGCCCUUGCCUUCACUCCCCCACACCCGUCCACCAUCCCAGCUGCGCAAGCGCGCUCAUCUCCAACAUGUUCGCUCAAACGCCUCGUCCUCAUUCCCCCAUUCGCGCGUCCCGCUCUCCUUCCCCGUCGCGCAAACAGCGACUGGAACCUGGCGGGACCGGCACGACGACGCGAAGACUAGGAGAUGGCAAAGUGUCAGAGGGCAAACGAUUGUUCGAGGAUUUGGCUAGAAGAGCAGGGACGCCCAAAGUCAAGUCGGAGUCCAGCACCAGUACCAGCGCCAGUACCAGCUUGAAGGGUGCUGGGAUGUUGGGCGACAAGACCAACAGGGGUGGCAGGAGCAGCAGCAAGGAUGGCGAAGAGCAGGGAGGAUCGCCUUCGAAGAGCAGGUCGGCAAGUCCUACGAAGCUUGGCGCCAGCAGCAAUACAACGAUUCGCGCGCUGCAGACUCCGGCCAAAUCUAGCAACCAGAGCAACAGCAACAGCACGACAGUCUUUGAAACACCAGCGGCGCAGACUGGUAAAGCGGGUGCAGCGAGAGCGCGCAUGGCAGAAGCUUUGGAAGCUCGUCAACCGAUCAAGGAAGUGGAGGAGGAGGAGGAGGAGGGGGGAAGCAUCGCUGCUAAGCAGUCCGCCUUUGCUUGGCCAGCGGAUGAUGCGCCAGAUGACGCUUGGCCAGAGAUCGAGUACAUGCCUGCGCCCGUCGAGAUUGCCCAUUCGCUACCUUUUGAGCUGGACGGACUUCCUAGAGCAGAUGAGCUUGCUCGCAGUCUAUGCAGCAUGCGAUUUGGCGGAUUCGUGCGCGAGGUGGAGCUAGAGGAUGCGCGCAAUCUCGCUUUGUUGCAGGAUCAAGAGGCGCCCUGGCUAGUGCCUACUCGCAAAAGCAAAAUGUCCGAGCAAGACUUGCCAUGGCCUAAUCGAAAGCUUGCUGCUGCGAAUCUGCCCAAACCCGCACCCAAACAGACGACGAUCGCGAUUCGUUCGGCGCGAGCAUCCAGGAGCAAUGCGGGCGCUUCCUCCAGCUCAAAGGUGAAGGAGGCGAGCAACGCGACGGCGCGUACCGCUUCGAAUGCAUCAAAAUUGAUAACCACAAAGGGUUUGGUGUCAAGAGGUGCCUCAUUGACGACGAAGCCGACGACGACGACGGCGGUCGUCGCAUCUUUACGCACAAGCUCCAUCACUCCUCGAGCAGCGCCGACAAAGGGUAUGAGCUUGGGCAAAUUUUCCGCACCCUCCUCUCGACAUGCAGCAAACGUGCCGUCGCCCUGCAAACCUGCACCGAGAGAGGAACAAAAUCGUCCAGACGAAGCUUUGCAUGCUGAUUUGAGCGACUUUAUGAACGAUCAGCAUGCGCGGUGGGUGGAUGAAAAGUUGCGAGAGACGAGCAUGAAUGCGCAAGAGGGCUUGUUGGAGGUGUAGGGGGGGAGGCGGGGAGGAGGAGGAGCAGGCCUGCACAUCCAGAGCAGGUGUGAGUCAACAUGGCUAGCGCGUUGGCGGUGGUGGCGACCGUAUUUGCGUCUGCGUCUGCGAGGCGAGCGCGAACGGUCAUUUGCCUCGCACCGCACACCUCUCCCUCCCUCAACGCAACGCUGACACUCCUGACCGAUCAUUGUGACGAGCAAGCCGGUCAUCAUUUACAGCCAACACACACACACACACACACACACACACACACACACACACACACACACACACAUACAC